CUAUACUCUAUGCUCCAUGUUGCAAUCCAUCAAGCUUGGCAACUCUAAUAAACCGCCAUAUUUUGUUUGUGCGGCAUUUUGAGGUUAACAUCUCUCUAACGGUGCCUAUUUUUCACUAAAAUAGAUAAAACCAAUAAACAAUAAACAUGAAACUAGUAAGAUUUUUGAUGAAAUUAAGUCAUGAGACGGUUACAAUUGAGUUGAAGAACGGAAGCGUCGUUCACGGAACGAUAACCGGUGUCGAUGUAGCGAUGAAUACACAUUUAAAAGCAGUCAAAGUUACAUUAAAAAACAAGGAAGAACUUCAAUUAGAAACGAUGACUAUACGCGGGAACAAUAUAAGAUAUUACCUACUCCCCGACAGCUUGCCUUUGGAAACGUUACUUAUUGAUGAUGCGCCUAAAGGUAAGGGUAAGAGAGAAGGAUUCCCGCGCGGGACUACAAGAGGUGGAAGAGGAAGAGGCCGGGGAGGCCGCGGAGGCCCAAGAGGUGGUCGUGGAGGCCGUGGUCGUGGUCGUCGAUAAUUUCCAGUGUUUCUCUAGCUAUAAGUUUAUAUGUGAUUACAGUAUGUUUCUAC